AUGGUGGAUCAAGAAUCAUUGGUUUCGUUUUCUUCAGAGACUUCGCAGUCCAUCAACAGUGAUAUCGACAUCGAGUCGCAGCAACAGCCAAGACAAUAUAUUCCUAGCAAUGAAAAAGAUGGUAACAAAGAAAGACUACAUCUAACACGUACCGAAACGGUAAAAUCAUUGCAAGAAAUGGGUAUGACUCAGGAUGCUCCAAUCCCUGAUGUUAACGCCCCUCAAACUACCACCAAAAACGCUAUCUUCCCAGAAGAGUACACAAUGGAGACACCAACAGGUUUGGUUCCCGUGGCUACUUUGCAAUCGCUGGGUAGAACAUCUACAGCUAUCUCUAAAUCUAGGACAAGACAGAUCGAGAGGUCUGUCUCUCGUCGUAGUCAGAAUAUCGCAGCUUCAAGCAACUCGUCAAACAAGGAAGAACUUGAAGAUGAGGAAGAAGUCUCUAGCGAUAUGUCAAAUCAACAACCUGAACUUGACCCAGAGAUUGAGUUUGUUACAUUUGUGACCGGUGAUCCAACAAACCCUCAUAACUGGCCACUGUGGAUCCGUUGGGCUUACACAGUCAUCUUAUCCUGCCUGGUCAUCUGUGUUGCUUACGGUUCUGCUUGUAUCACAGGUGGUCUAUUUACUGUUCAAGAGCAAUACCACGUUGGUUUAGAAGCUGCUAUUCUAUCUUGUUCCUUAAUGGUUAUCGGUUUCUCCUUGGGUCCAUUGAUCUGGUCGCCAGUCAGUGAUCUUUACGGUAGACGUUUGGCUUACUUCAUCUCUAUGGGUCUAUACACUAUCUUUAACAUUCCAUGCGCUUUAUCGCCUAAUUUGGGUGGUCUAUUGGUUUGUAGAUUUUUAUGUGGUGUGUUCUCUUCCUCAGGUUUGUGUCUAGUUGGUGGUUCCAUUGCCGAUAUGUUCCCAAGUGAAACGAGAGGUAGAGCUAUUGCUUUCUUCGCUUUCGCUCCAUACACAGGCCCUAUCAUCGGUCCACUUGUUAACGGAUUUGUUUCAGUUUGUACCAGAAGAAUGGAUUUGAUUUUUUGGAUCAACAUGGCCUUCGCUGGUGUUAUGUGGAUCAUUGUCGCAUUCAUUCCUGAAACAUACGCUCCUGUUAUCUUGAAAUGGCGUGCAGCUAAAUUAAGAAAGGAAACUGGUAAUCCAAAGAUUAUGACAGAACAAGAAGCACAAGGUGUUUCCGUCAAUGAAAUGAUGAAAGCUUGUUUGAUCAGACCACUAUAUUUUGCAGUCACUGAGCCUGUUCUAGACUUAACUUGUUUCUACGUCUGUCUAAUUUACUCUCUACUGUAUGCUUUCUUCUUUGCAUUCCCAGUGGUCUUCGGUGAACUUUAUGGUUACAAAGAUAAUUUAAUCGGUUUAAUGUUUAUCCCAAUUCUAAUCGGUGCUACCAUGGCAUUAGCAACUACAUUCUAUUGUGAAAACGAGUACCUGAAAUUGGUGAAAAAGAGAAAGCCUACGCCAGAAGAUCGUUUGUUCGGUGCCAUGAUUGGUGCACCUUUCGCUGCUGCUGCAUUGUGGAUCCUUGGUGCUACUUCUUAUAAGCAUAUUAUAUGGGUUGGUCCUGCUUCUUCUGGUCUAGCUUUUGGUUAUGGUAUGGUGUUGAUUUACUAUUCCUUGAACAACUACAUUAUUGAUUGUUAUGUUCAAUAUGCCUCAAGUGCUUUGGCUACUAAGGUUUUCUUAAGAUCCGCCGGUGGUGCUGCUUUCCCAUUAUUUACUAAUCAGAUGUACCAUAAAUUGGGUCUUCAAUGGGCAAGUUGGUUGUUGGCUUUUAUUUCAACUGCUAUGAUUUUGCUACCAUUCGGUUUCUAUUAUUACGGUAAGACGUUGAGACACAAACUUUCAAAGAAAGACUACUCUAUCGAUACCAUUGAAGGAUACUAA